CCCCGGCCAGCGGCCGUGCGCUCCGCCUGGAGUAGCCAGGGCGCGGGAGUGCAGCGUGCUCCUGGCCCGGAGCGGGUCGCGGCGCAGCAGGAGCAGCCCCUCCGCCAGCAGUUACUGCCGCCCCGACUUUCCAUUCCAGUUGCGGCUCCUCCUGGGCAACAUGUCAAGAGCCGCGGCCGCUACAGCUGCCGCCGCCACCUGGGAAAGAGCAGCAGCAGCGGCGGCGGCGGCCGCGGGCACGCGGGGGCAAUAAACCCAGCCGCCCGGGCGUCCAGCGGGCCAGGGGACCCUCUCCGCGCUCACUGCUCCAGCGGGACCCGCGCCAUGUGCUGAGCCAUGCCCCUGACCGCGCCCGCGGGCAGCGCAUGGGGCAGCGCCUGAGCGGCGGCCGAUCCUGCCUCGAUGUCCCCGGCCGGCUCCUGCCGCAGCCGCCGCCGCCCUCACCGCUGGUGAAGAGGAAGCUCGCGCUGCUCUUCGCCAUGCUCUGCGUCUGGCUCUACAUGUUCCUAUACUCGUGCGCCGGCUCGUGCGCCGCCGCGCCCGGGUUGCUGCUGUUGGGCUCGGGGUCCCGUGGCGCACACUCCCCGCCAGCCCCGGCUACAGCUCCGGACGGGACGCCCCCCAAGCUGCUGUUCCGGGCGCCGCCGGCCACUCCGCUGGCUGCGGGCAAGGAGCUGGCGGAGGGCGCUACGAGCCAGGAGGAGCAGAGUCCCGAGGCGCCGGACUCCCCUAGUCCCAUCUCCAGCUUUUUUAGCGGGUCUGGGAGCAAGCAGCUACCGCAGGCCAUCAUCAUCGGCGUGAAGAAGGGCGGCACGCGGGCGCUGCUGGAGUUCCUGCGGGUGCACCCCGACGUGCGAGCCGUGGGCGCGGAGCCCCACUUCUUCGACCGCAGCUACGACAAGGGCCUCGCCUGGUACCGGGACCUGAUGCCGAGGACCCUGGACGGGCAGAUCACCAUGGAGAAGACGCCCAGCUACUUCGUGACGCGGGAGGCGCCCGCGCGCAUCUCGGCCAUGUGCAAGGACACCAAGCUCAUCGUGGUGGUGCGCGACCCGGUGACCAGGGCCAUCUCGGACUACACGCAGACGCUGUCCAAGCGGCCCGACAUCCCCAGCUUCGAGAGCCUGACGUUCCGCAACCGGAGCGCGGGCGUCAUCGACACGUCGUGGAGCGCGCUGCAGAUCGGCCUGUACGCGCGCCACCUGGAGCACUGGCUGCGCCACUUUCCCCUGCGCCAGAUGCUCUUCGUGAGCGGCGAGCGGCUCGUCCGCGACCCGGCCGGCGAGCUGGGCCGCGUGCAGGACUUCCUGGGCCUCAAGCGCAUCAUCACGGACAAGCACUUCUACUUCAACAAGACCAAGGGCUUCCCCUGCCUCAAGAAGGCCGAGGGCAGCGGCAAACCCCACUGCCUGGGCAAGACCAAGGGCCGGCCGCACCCCGACAUCGACCGCGAGGUGCUGCAGAGGCUGCGGGACUUCUACAGGCCCUUCAACCGCAAGUUCUACCAGAUGACCGGCCACGACUUUGGCUGGGACUGAACGGCCCCGGCCUGUGUCUCUGCCCACGCGGCUUAUAUAUGGAGAGAGAUUAUAUGUAUGUAAAAUGUACAGAAAUCUAUUUUAUGAUAAUUUAUUUUUAAUUCAUAAGCAAUUAAUUCACUAAGCUGCCUAGCCACACUCUUAGAGAGUUAGCUUCAUCAUCUGUUAACAUUCCAGAGUGUUUCUAACUCUUCACAUUUCGCUCUGUUCCUCACCAUUGAUGGCGCUCCCAUUUUUGUCUCUCCCCUACCUGUUAUAUUUAAAAAGAAGAAAAGCACAACUUGAGAUUUUGGUUGUUACGGGUAUUCAGCCUUCAAUCGCCAUCUGAGUUUUCCAGUCGCUGCCUCCUUCUGUCUGGGGUCUCAUAGUCCAGCUUCCCGUGUCUCUCCUGGCCUGUGUACCUCGUAGGGGCGCCAAGCUGCCUCAACAGUGCUGUAUUCUGCAGGUCAGGCCCCACGUAGCAGUUUCCUUGUCGCUGUGGUUUCAGCUCCAAGCAUGUAGGCUCCCAGCACAGUGCGAGAGUUCCCCCCACCUCCACUCUGCACACGGGGGACUCAUUCACCACCUUUACAGAGACAUCCACAUCCUUUUAGAAUCAGGAUGCCAGGACUCACUUAUUUUAGCUUUUGAUUUUGAAGGAUGGCCCUGUAGCCUCUUCUGCCCCAUUCCCUGGUUCCUUAACCAGCUUGAAGUAUAUGCAGAUGUAGCCCCCCUCUUCCCUAGGUCACGUGUGUGAGAUGCCUGGAUGCUGCUUUAGAAAUAAAGAUGACCUUGUCUAACUUGCAUGAGAAUGCACCAUGCUCUGUUCUCCAGGCAGACAGCUCUGCUUUGACACACCAAAGAAUCCCGUAGGCUAGAAGAGCCACUGGCACAAACCGGGGGCACUGAGUGUCAAGACCCAGAGGAGUCAGGUGCGUCCUGUGCCAUCAUUGUCUUUCAAGGCGCUGGUAGGUUCAGAGCCAGCCAGUACUGGACAAUAGGCUCACAGCGCCAACUGGGAGAAAAGACAAAUGACAGGCAUUUGUCAUUUGGCAGAGGGGGAAUCCCUGGCACCCAGGCUUUAUGUCUCCUUGGAAUUUCUAGCUCAUCUCAGAAUGACAGCAUGGUCUGUAGCCAAUGGCCAAACAGCAAGAAUCAAGAGCGGCCCUUGUAAAGGCAGGUUGGGAAAGCUGGCCCAUGUUGGCUGUAAGCCCUUGAGCCUGACACUGGUUUUAGCCAGGUCUUGACCGAGGGGUUGCCAGCAUUGUUACCACUCUGCAGAAUGCCAUUUCCCAUACCUCUCUGUUGAGAGAGCAGUUGAGGGUCAUUUACGAUGACCACACAGUUGGGUAAUCAUAUAGCAAUCUCACAUGAGGACAUGACAUAUUUAGUUUAUCCUCAGUUUUCUAAACCAGAAUGCUUCUAUCACAAAAGAAUUAUUAUAUGAGUUAUACUAUCAUCAAGGAAUAUGGGGAAGACACACAUAUUGUCAAAGUCGCUGGGUUGUGAUAUUUAUAGCAGACACUUUUGUACAUCAUAUGGGAUAACUUACCUGAUAGCAUAAGAAAACUUGUAUGAAAAGAGAAAAAGAUAAUUGAUCUUUAGGAACUAAUCAGAGAUGUCACUGGAUUUUAAGUGACAUCUUGAUAAUCUGGUUUGUAUUUGCCCACAAGUUGUAGCCCAGAUCUAGCUAGCUUAUGUUUAGCAGCAGAACUAUCAUUGUGUAGGUUCUGUUUCAGAGGAAGGCCAAUGGGGGCGCUGUGCAUUCCUCAGAUGUUAUGUCCAUUUCAUAGCUUUUUUACUGUCUCUAGAAAGCAGAGUAGAACCUGCACUCAGGGGAACACCAUAAUCAUAGCAUGGUUCUCCCUGCUUGCUGCUUGGGUGUGAAAAACACCUGCAUAAGGGUGCUAAUUGGACCUGCAUUUUUCUGUUCAGGAGGUUCAUUUGAAAUCAAAUUGAGAACAGCUAUUUUCAGUUACAGCGUAAUAUUGCUUGACCUGAAAGGUGAUGCACAAGUCCUUCACUUAGCUGUGCCCAGCCUGCUUUCUGAACAUUCAUAGUCUGACAUGGCUCACAAUGCUGAAUCGCAGAAAGACUCUGAGAAGGCUGAGUAAAGUGAUAGGAAAGCAUGUGUGAGCCUUUCCUUCCCCUUCAGGUCCCCGCCCUCUUUCCAAUUUUUGAUUAAGUUGUUGAUUCCCUGCCUUAAAAUAAAACUGAAACAGGAAAUUUUCAGAGAGGAGGGUCAUUUAGUCAUGAACGCUGAAUUGGGUCAAAAUGCUAUUCUGGGUCAAAUUCUUGAAUCCAAACAGAUGUCGAUAAUUAGCACUGAUGGAGUAGAGCAAGUUUUUCUAGGUAAGACAAAUAAAUCAAACAUCACGUGCAUCUUUUCCUAAGGGUCUGAUGGCUUAUAGUUCCGGACCAAUCGGAUUCAGCCUCUGCCCUGAGGUUACACCCCAUCAUGUGAUAGUUAUUACACAACCCGCAGGUCUUCCUCCUGGAGAAGUCAGGCAACAGGGAAAAUUAAGCCUUGGGUUUCUUCCUGUUGUAGCAAUCUGCAAGGCCACCAAGCUUAACUCUUUAGCUGCUAGAAGACAAAUACCAGUGUUUUAGCAAUUUGUCCUAGCACAUGUUUUGAAUUUCAUCCAAUUUACAGGAAAAGUUCUGGCAUUCAUUGGAGUACUUUAUUCCUCUUAGUUUUGUUUCUUUUCUCACUUAAAAACAGACAAAAUGGUUAAUGAAAAAAUUGCAGGCUUUUAUUGUUCCUAUCUCUCCCAUUUUUUCUUUGAGGUGUUUGUAUAGUAGUCUGUUAACUUUGUAGGCAAUACCUGGAAAGGUAUUUUAGGUACAGUGACUACGGAAUAAAUUAUUGGAUAAUGGAAGAGGAGAAAUUAUCUUCAUCACAUUCUCUUUGGGAGUCAUUUUGAGUGACAGGUACAUUUCAGACCUUUGGAGAAACAGUUUCAGAUCCUGCUAGGAUAUUUUUGUAGGAAAAGAAAAUGGAAGGUUUCAAUAAACUAGAAACACUUAGUGUGUAUCUAAGACGCUGACACAGAAGUCAAUAUUUUUCUUUUCAGCUUAUCAAGAAAAAUGGCAAUAAAACUUAAAGGUGUGGUUAGAUUUUUUUUUCACUUUUGUAACAUUAAUUUAUGACUGAGUUUCGUUCAACCUAGUAAUUUAAAAUACUGUGCAAAUUCUAGCAGUCUGUCUUCUAUAACCUGGAUGUUAGAAUAGCCAAUAUGUGCAAAAAAAUUAAAUCGAGUAUUUUGUUCUAUGUAUAACACAAAUUAAUUUUACACAGAGAAAGAUGUUUCUAGGAAAAUGAAAU